GUCCGUUGUGAUGGGAGGGUGUGUCUGCUCUCUGCUCCUGGCUGCCUUCACGCUCCUGACAGCCAGCCACGCACCCGGCAGCCACGCCCUCACCCACCUUGGCUCCCCUUCCGCCCACGCUGCACCCCAACCCACCCCAGAUGUCCCCCAGAUAGCGUUCAGCACCCCAACCAUCACCCCAGUCACCCCUGUCUCACCUGCUGAUGAGACAGAGAAAAAUGACCCCAAAACAUCCCCAGGUGGUUUUAUGGCCCCAGGUGAUCCACAGGUAGCUUCAAACACCCCAAUCAUCACCCCACGUACCGCAGUCACACCUGUCUCCCCUGGCACCUCACCUCUUAACGAGACAAAGAAUAAUGGCUCCAGAACGUCCCCAAGCGAACCCCAGGUAACGUCUGACCCUCAGGUAACUGGAAAUGCUAUACAGGUGAGAAUUAAUGACCUCCCUCACCUUACACCUGGCCGUGGACACCUGAAACGGGACCAUGGUGGAAGUAAGGGGCAUGAUGGAAGCGGGGUACAAAGGGAUCAUGACCUUAAAGUACCUGGAAAUAGGACCCAAAAUCCCUCACUGGAGUCUCAAAGUACCAGAGAAACCGAAAUGGAUGUGGCGGGGUUGACUAAAAUGGAUACAAGUUCGACGUUCGACCUUAAAGUACCCGGAAAUAGAACCCAAAAUCCCUCACUGGAGUCUCAAAGUGACCAAGAAACUGAAAUGGAUACGGCGGGGUUGACUAAAAAGGAUACAAGUUCGACGCGGACCACUCGCAGCGCCACCAGUCCAUCAGCGGCCACAGGGAGAACUAGAAGGCGCCUCAAGUCCUCUCAGAUACCGGUUGACACUUCAGACCCCUUCAGCGUGGCGCCCCAGCCGGUCAAGGACACUCCGGAGGUGGCGUUAGCGAGGAGGAACUUCUUUCGAACCUACGAGCGGAUCCGACUCUCCCUCCUUGGCUCUGAGGGGGAUUCGAACCCAGAGGACUCGGUUGGUGACAUCAGUGCGUUCUUCACCAACGACCAGAAAGGGAGACCGGACGACCAUCAGGACCAGGAAGAGGACGACCAUACCCACAACGACGACCCUAAGAGACGCCCAGAAGGUCAUGAUGGUCAGGAAAGAAGUCGUGACCAUGGAGGAAGAGAUCAUGGUCGUCGGAAAAGCCAAACAGAAAACCACGACCCUUCACCCAAAACCCAGGACCAGGAAACCAAUGAAAGCAAUAAGGAUACCGAACAAAACGACCAUGACGACGAAAACGAUCAGUCACAGAAGGACGUACAGGACUCUGAGACCGCUAACGACCCUCCAGUGAAGUGCAAAGUACCGGAACCGACUCGGGAUCUCUUCCAUGCCUCCCCGAUCAAGCAUCAUGGGCCAGUCCUAACCCCACACGACCAUAUCCAAGACCACACCCACGACCACGGCGACGACUCGGAGACACAUACUCACCACGACUCAGGGGAACAUCCAGAACUUGAGGAACUCUUCGAAGGCUUGACCAAACUCUACAAACUCUUCAAGAACUUCAAGAAAACUCACCCAGAACAGAAAGCCAGCAUCCAGGACCGGCUCAUCCAUCUCCCACUCUUUGAAACUCUCCUCCACACACACGCUGACGAGGAUACCGAGGACCAUCACCACCAUAGCCACGAUCACGCUACAACUCGAAUCGUAUCACCAUUACCAACACCAAGAUCACCAGGGAGAAACUUCAGCAUCUUCCCAGACCCGGAUACCGAACCAGACUACUUCCUGACGUCUAUCAACUUGGACCAGGAGUUCGUGGAUAGCCUAGAACCCGCGUUACCCCCGAACCCUUUCAUCCAGUCCUUCCGACAUCUCUGGACCACGAAUAGCGGGGGAAAGUGUUACGAAAUUGUCAUUCUUGAGCCUGAGAAGUACAAGGAUUUAGCGGAUGAUGUACCAGUGAGAGAAGGGUUGAGUUUUGUCCCUUCUUCGUCUUCUGCACCGUCUUCUGCGCCCUUGCCUGUUGCUUUCCCUCACUCGCUGUCCAAACUCAUGUCUUCGUCCGUUCCCGUGUCUCAUUUCUCUCCUGUCCACAUGUCUGUUUCCUCAUCUUCCUCUUCAUCUCAUGCUUUACCCUUCCCUCCUCCUUCUCCUCCUCCUAUUCCACACAUAACAUCUCUAACUACUCCUCCUCCUCCUACUACUGCUAUUACACCUGCUACGCCCCCUUCCCGCUUCACAGCAGAGCCCUUCAACUACACAUCCACGACAGUCCUCCUCAGAAAGUACUACAUCUCGCCGCACUCUGAAGAAAGGGAACCCGGGGAACAGCCGAGUCACCCCUUCAAUAGAGAGCGGAAGAGUCGCCCAUCGGAGGAGAGAGACAGAAAACGGGUCGUGCCUUCCCAUUUUCGUAUCCCGCAGUGGACAACCUCCCGCCCGUCGAGGAGGAGAAAGGGAAACAGGUGAAAAGGAUGAAAGAGUGAAGGGGAGACAAAGAUGAUAAUUACUGACUUGUGUGAGACGUGUGUAAAAAUGGGGUUAGAGAGAGAGAAAGAGAUAAAUAAAAGAGAAAAAGAAAGAAAAACAUGUGGAAAUGAAAAAUAAAAUGGAGAGUGAGUUAAAUAAGAAACGUGUGUAAAAUUCUGAGAUAAGAUUCAAGAGAUAAAAGGAGAAGUAAAAUAAAAUAAAAGAAAGAAAGGGAAACGCAUGAAAAUAUAAAGAGCAAAGUGGAAAAGAACGACUUAGAGAGAGAGAGAUAAAGAGGAAGAGUAAAAGAGAAAUAAAAGGAAGGGAAAAUAUAUCAAAAUGCAAUGAGUGAAGUGAAAAAUGAAUAAUAACAUGAAUGAGAGAUGAGAGGCGUGUGCAAGGAGAGCUUAGAUAAAUAGAUAGAUAGAAAUAAAGAAAGAUAAAAAUAAAGACAGUAAACGAAAGAAAAAAGAAAGGAAAGGAAAGAAAGAAAAGAGAACAGGAGUGAGAUGAAAAACGUAUAGAAAGAAGAGCUUAGAGAUAGAUAGAUAGACAAAUAGAUAGAUAGAGAGAUAGAUAGAGAGAGAGAGAGAGAGAGAGAGAGAAGAGAAGAGAAAAGAAAAAAAAAAAGCAUUAAACCGGUGCAUGCCAUAUAGCUAUAGUUACCCUUUAAGUCCAAGCGACCUGAGUGUAAGGAAGAAAACGGGAAGAGGUUGCCAGCGUGUUUUGUUUACUUAUUACAAUACUUUACACUUUUACUUUUUUUUAUGUGUACAAGUGUAAGUGUAGUGUGUAAGUGUGUGUAAGUAAGUUUCUCGUCUCUCUUAUGUCAUUGUUCUGCUUUUUUUCCUUAACUUCAUUUUAUAAUUAUUUUCAAGUAUUUUCCUUUCUCUUUUUUUCUAUUUCUUUAUUUUUCUCUAUCUAUUUAUCUAUCACUCAGUUGUUUUCUUUUUCUUUUUUUCUUUUUUUUUUAGAUUUUACGUGUUUUCCUUCCUUUUUCUUUUUCUUCUUUCUCUUCACUAAAUAUUUUCUCGGGUUUUCCUUCAUUUUUUUUCAUUUUUUAACUUCAUUUCUUAUUUUCAAGUAUAUCCAUUUCUUUUCUCUUUCUAUUUCUUUAUUUUUUCUUUCUUCGUCUCUUGUGUUUUUCUUUCACUUCACAUUUUGCAUUUUCACGAGUUUUCCUUCCUUUUUCAUUUUCUUACUUUCUAUUUCUCGUGUGCGCGUUGCCAAAUGUAUGAUGCGUGCUGUAGUAUCUGUUCCUACACCUUGGUUACCUGCCCAGGUGUACAUUGAUACGUAAUUAACGCGGCCAUAUGAACAGGUAGGAUAAAUAGGUAGAUGUGUGUUAAGGAUAAGAUGGAGAGGCGAGAUAGUUAGAGAGUGUGUUAGGGUAUUAUUACUACUACUACUACUACUACUAUUACUAUUAUUAUUGUCAUUAUUAUUGUUACUAUUAUCAUUAGUAUUAUAAUCUUCCUAUAGUUUGUUUAUAUUUACUUCCUUCUAUUAAUGAAGUAAAAUGUAUAAGGUAAUGCAUGGAAACAAAUAACUCAUGAACUUUUUUGUAUUUAUGUAAGUUGAAAUCGUGAAGCAAUAUAUUAAGUUUGUUCUAAUAUUGAGAAGAGAAAAGCUAUAUAGAUCUAAGAUUAAUCAUGGCAGAGAAAACCAAUAACUCAUGAACUUUUUUGUAUAUAUGUAAGUUGAAAUCGUUAAGCAAUAUAUUAAGUUUGUUCUAAUAUUGAGAAGAAAAAAGCUAUAGUACGAUCUAAGAUUAAUCAUGGCAGAGAAAACCAAUAACUCAUGAACAUUUUUGUAUAUAUGUAAGUUGAAAUCGUUAAGCAAUAUAUUAAGUUUGCUCUAAAAUAAAGAAAAAAAGUUACAAUGGUCUUACCUGAGAGUUCACGAUACCUGUAGCUUGUAUGUGUAUCGUAUGUCCUUUCCUAUUGAUUUUUCUACCAUUAGUUAUAGCGUAUUAGCUUUCUCUAUUAAACUUUCUAUGGUAUGUGUGUUGUAUGUACUUUUUCUAUUGUUUAUUCAGCGUUCUGUCUGUUUUAAUUUCACUUCGUUAUCUUCAUUAAAAUCUAUUUCUCUGAUAUUCUGUACGAUACGUCUAAUGUUUCUACUUUCUCUAUUAUUUUUUUUCUACGGUAUGUGAACUGUAUGUAUUUUCUUUACCUACUUUCUUUUCUGCUAUAAAAUGUGUAUAUGUAUUUUUCCCUUCAGUUCUGUCUACGAUAUGUCUGUUUUGUGAAUCUUCUCUUUUAUUGUUAUUUCGAUUUCCCUUGACGUUAUUUUCCCUUAUUCUCUUCUUAUCCUUCUUGUUGCAUAUAAUUACUCUCUCCUUCACCUUCUCUUCUCUUCUAUUGCUUUGUCUAAUUAUUCUUCCUUCUUUCCUCGUUUAUUCUUCCUCGUCUUAAGGUGUAAAAUAUCUCUCCCUUAUCUAUUAGUCUAUUGUAUGAUUUUUUGUUGUAUCUAUUUACGUGUAUUGUAUUUUCUUUCCCUUUUAGUUUCUUUCUACAAUACACACACAUUCACAUUCUGCAGUAACCUCAUAAGCUCCUACGAUACAGAGGGGAGGAAGGAGUUACGAUACACGAGAAAAUGAAGGAGUAACUCGGGUAAUUAUGUCCUUUGUGUAGCUUAGUGUAGUGUGUGUGUGUGUGUGUGUGUGUGUGUGUGUGUGUGUGUGUGUGUGUGUGUGUGUGUUAUUAAUUUCUUUUGCAAGCGUUGUCUUCCUCUGAAAAACAUUUGCCAUAAUUAAGCUAGAAAUGUAUAUAUAUAAUGUGUGUGUGUGUGUGUGUGUGUGUGUGUGUGUGUGUGUGUGCGUGUGAGAAAUACAUACACAGUAGUCAUGUACGCCCAGGGACUUCAGUAUUUGUUCAGCAUUUAAUUAUCCUGUGUGUUUGUGUGUUUGUGUGUCUGUGUAUCAUUUAAGAGAACAAUAGAGAGAUAAAUAAAAUAAAUAAAUAAAUAAAAAAUAAAUAACCA